AGAUAUGCUAGCUCUCUCUUACAACACAUGGUCGAAUCUGCAGCCACACUAGAAACUCGUGGUCCCUACUAUUUUGCAGUUCAUAACAGUUUUACACCAUAAUGGCACCAAAAAAUGUCAAAGGCAAAAAGGGAGCAGUCACUCCAAACAACAAAGGAAAGAAAGCAAAGGCUCCCCCUCCUCCCCCAGUAGAAUCUGAAAGUGAAGAAGAUGAUUCCGAGGAAGAUGAUUCUGAAGAGGAGGUACCUGUCCCUGUAGCAACAAAAUUAAACAAAAAUGCACCAAAAAGAAAAGCUGACAGUGAUGAUGAUGACGAUUCUGAAGAGGACGACGAUUCUGAUGAUGAUGUUGCUAUGCCAGCAGUGAAAAGUCCACCUAAAAAACUUUUGAAGAAAGCAGAGGAAAGUGAUGACGAGGAUGAUGAUGACGAAGACGAUGACGAUGAAGAUGAUGAUGAUGAAUCUGAUGAAGAAGAAGCUGUUGUUAAGACCAAUGGAACAGCUAAGGCUGUAGCUCAAGCUGAUGAUGACAGUGAAGAGGAUGAUGAAGAUGAUGACGACGAUGAUGAAGAGGACAGUGAUGAAGCAGACAGUGAUGAGGAGGAGGAAGAAGAUACAAAAAAGAGGAAAAAGACUCAAAAUAAUAAGCCUGCAAAGAAAGCCAAAACUGAUGAUGCUGAAAAAACAACCCUCCAUGUUAAUAAUGUAGCAGAUGUAGCCGAUGAGAAGGUGAAAAAAAUAUUUGAAAAGAAAGGAAUAUCUGUCGCAGAAAUUCGACGUCCAAGACCAGGUGGACGGUUUGUAUAUGUUGAUUUGGCCGAUCCGUCACAACUUGAUAAGGCUUUGCAGUUGGAUGGUGUAAAAGACAUGAAAGUGGCAUUGGCGAGAUCAGGUGGCGAUGUGAACAAACAACAAAAAGAUGCCAAAUCAUUUGAUGACAAAAACGAUUCAACAUUAUUUGUGAAGAACUUGGCAGAAACCGUUACAGAAGACAUGGUGCAGGAAUUCUUCACAGGUUCCACAUCUGUUCGUAUGCCUAAAAGAUUUGAUGGCAAUCCUAAGGGCUUCGCAUAUGUGGUCUUUUCGAGUGCUGAUGAAGUAGCCACAGCGCUUUCUGAAAAACAAGGAGCCGAGUUGGAAGGAAAUGCUUUGUUUUUGGACAAGGCUGGUAGCAAACCAAAACCUACAUUUGGGUCCCCAGGAGGAACAGAAGAUGGAGAAAAGUCAAAAGUAUUAUUUGUGAAAAAUCUUUCAUAUACAUGUACGGAUGACAUAUUGAAAGAGGCAUUUGAAGGAUGUACAGCAGCAAGAAUUGCGAAAUUCCCAGACACUGACAAGUCCAGAGGGUUUGGAUUUGUGGAUUUCGAUACAGCAGAUGAGGCUGCAGCAGCGUAUAAAUCAAUGGCAGGUCAGGAGAUUGACGGAAGACAAAUAUAUUUGAACUUUGCUGAGAAAGGUGGUGGGCGAGGAGGUGGCCGUGGGCGUGGUGGCCGUGGAGGAUUCAGGGGUAGAGGCAGAGGAGGAGACCGAGGAGGAUUCAGAGGUAGAGGAAGAGGAGGAGGAGACCGAGGAGGAUUCAGGGGUAGAGGUCGUGGAGGUGGUGGUGGACGAGGAAAGAGUCCAUCUGCAAAAGGAAGUAUACAGAGUUUUGAAGGAAAAAAAAAAGUAUUCAGUGACUAAGAUGCAUCUCAUGUAGUGAGACUUAGAACAAUAUAUAAGGAAAUGCAUAAACUGCAAUUGUUGGCAGGUAACACAACACAUUUUAUCAUUGUGCAUUUCAGAUUGAAUUGACGACCAUACUUUUAGUGUGAACGUCUUUUUAAUUCAUCCAGAAAUCUUGAAUGACAAUUGUUUGAAGGGAGGACCAGAUGACUUGACCCUGACAUCAGAUUUCAUGAAGAUUUUAAAAUGCUUGGAAUAGCUAUACGUCAGUGAUCAUGUUGUGUCGUGCAUUUCUCAUCUGAUCUGUGGAUAUUAAGCUGAAAGAUGCAGCAAAUGUUUGUGACUUGUAGACUCCUUUUUUACUUCAUUGUUGUCCAUACUUUUAAGCAUUUAAUAAAAUGUAUAGCUGAUCAUGAUUUAACACAUGUUGUUUAGGAUUACCCCGCAUCACAGGCACAGCAUCCCACUAGUGCCAUCAGGGAAAUCGGUAUAAUUUUUGGAGGACAGUUUUUGUUCUUAGAUCUAUUAUAUUUUACAAUGUUCAUGUGUGUAAUACUGUAUGAGGAAGAGUGACAUUAUUAUCUUUACUGGUCGAAUGAACAUUUUAAAAAAGAUUUUAAGGUGUUUUAGAUAGACUUUUCAAAUAUAUGAAAGUGGUUUCUUAAAGAUUUUACCAAGUCUGCAUAGCCAGAUUAUGACAAUUUUGCAUAUCUUGUUCAAAUUACAAGGGAGAUAACUCUACCUUCCAUAAAAGGUAGAAGCAACUGUUUCUAAUGGUACUUCUAUGUACCCAGCUGUUAUUAAGUGAUUGUGUUCACAUUUAUUGUUUUGUUUUCCUUUGUAUUUUUUUUUCUGUUGACAAAUAUGCCUAGUAUUAAGUUGAUUUUUUUAACAUUAAUCGUUGUUGGACUGGAAAAAAAAUAAUACCAGGCUACUGUCGGCUAAAACAUAUUUGAUAAUGAUUAAUAAAGGUUGAAUAAUGCAGCAUCCUAUUUGAUAGAUCGUUUGUGUAUAUAAAAAUGGAAUCUGUGAAGAAAUUAUUAUUCAUUUUAAUCAUUUGUAUAUAGAAACAUGGAAUCUGUGAAAUUUUGGUCAUAAACUUCAUUAAAUCUAUCCAAAUUUU